CUCAGUUCGAUAGCUAUUCUCUCAAACCCUCAGAACCAAGUCAUCAAUACUGAUCCUGAAACGGAAAUCAAAACAAAUAACCCUAGAUUCAUCGAUUUCCAUCUCUGUGCUCGACACCCAAAACAUUAACCCUAACUCGAUUUCUCUCUUCUUUUCCUCUUUCCAACUUCUAUCAUCCAUUCCUUUCGAUGCAGAAAGUGAGAUUACGACUCUACUUCCAUUCCUCGAUCUGAUCCAUUCACUGAGAAAGCUUCUUCCUUUUAGCUUGUUUGUCAACUUCGAAGCUAGAUGGGGGCUGUAACCUCAUCCAUGGCGGCGAAAUUCGCGUUUUUUCCGCCGAAUCCGCCAUCAUAUAGGCUGGUUGUUGAUGAAAAAACCGGGAAAUUGAUGAUUUCCGAUGUUCCACAGAAAGAUAACGUUGACGUAUUGAAGCUUUGUACGAAGAGAGGUAACGAGAUAAUUGCCAUGUAUGUGAAGAACCCUUCGGCGUCGCUGACUAUUUUGUACUCUCAUGGUAACGCUGCCGACUUGGGACAGAUGUUUGAGCUCUUUACGGAGCUUAGUCUUCAUUUACGUGUUAAUUUGAUGGGGUACGAUUACACUGGAUAUGGCCAGUCCUCCGGGAAGCCAAGCGAGCAAAACACUUAUGCCGACAUAGAGGCUGCUUAUAGAUGUCUUGAAGAGACUUAUGGAGCAAGGGAGGAAGACGUUAUCUUGUAUGGUCAGUCGGUUGGUAGUGGCCCCACUUUGGAUUUGGGGACACGUUUGCCUAGAUUGAGAGCUGUAGUUCUUCACAGUCCGAUCCUUUCUGGGCUUCGAGUCAUGUAUCCAGUGAAGCGAACAUACUGGUUUGACAUUUAUAAGAAUAUUGAUAAAAUUCCCCUGGUAACCUGCCCGGUUCUUAUAAUUCAUGGAACCGCUGAUGAAGUUGUAGAUUGCUCACAUGGUAAACAGCUUUGGGAGCUCUGUAAAGAGAAGUAUGAACCGUUGUGGCUUAAAGGAGGGAACCACUGUAACUUGGAACUCUACCCUGAGUACAUAAGGCAUCUCAAAAAGUUCAUAUCAGCAAUUGAGAAAUCUCCUCCGGAACUCAGAAAUGGUAGUGAUCGGAUUACAGAUCAAUCAGAGCCUUCUCGGAAUAGUACAGAUAUUAGGGAGAAAUCAAGGUUAAGCACAGAUCAAAGAGAGAAGUUCAGGCUGAGUACCGAACAGAGAGAGAAUGCUAGGCCAAGCACAGACCAUAAAGAGAAGCCAAGACCCAGCACUGACAGAAGAGAGAAAUCAAGAAAGAGUUUGGAUCGACCAGAGAAGGCAAGGAACAGCAUGGAUCAGCCAGAGAGAGGAAGGAACAGCAUUGAUCGCUUUGGAGAUAUGAUGAGAUCGGUCAGAUUAUGCAAUAUCGGUUGUUUUAAACACACUGCUUCUGGGGUUGGAGGAAAGAAAGGCAUAAGAAAAAGCACGCCGUGCACUACUGGCAUUAUCAGAACACCCUCACUUGUGCCACAUCGUGGUUUCGGAUCCCUGUAUCGUAUGGUAGCAGUUUCGUUCGUGCGACCCAGUAAUUUCCAUCCAAUGCUCAUGGCAACAAGAACUUCACUCCAGUUAGCUCUAAGCCUCUGAGAAAUUAAGCAGUAUUUGAAUUAUGAGAAGGAAGAUUAUGAGUCCUAUUUGUUAAUAUUUUAUUGUUCACUAUAUUAGAGAAGACGAAGUCAAAAUGUAGAAAGAUAAUUGAAGUUCCUGUCUUCUGCCA